ACAGGAUUGAUCAGCUGCAUAUUAACGCUGUGAAUCUCCUGUUAUACCACAUCCCAGGGGUGUUCUACUGGAUUCAGAUCUGGUGACUGGGGAGGCCUACAGGAGUGGAACCCGACGUGGUCUUCUGCUGUUGUGGCCCAUCGGCCUUAGGGUUCACCGUGUUGUGCAUUCUGAGAUGCUUUUCGGCUCACAACAGUUGUAAAAGGUGGUUAUCUGAGUUACCGUAGCCUUUCUGUCAGCUCCUACCAGUCUAUCCAUUCUCCUCUGACCUCUCACAUCAUGAAGACAUACAUAUCAGCACGUGAUCCUGUGGUUAAAGGGAAACCUUAAAAGCAAGUCACUUAAGUGAACUGCACUGUCCCGACAUAGAAACAACAUUGUGACGGAGUGAUUGCUCUCUUCAUUUUAUCACUGAGAGGAUAACAUGGAUGAGCCGUUAACAACUUUUGUGACCACAGUAACUGAUUAUACUGAAACUAUGCAGGUAUCUUCUGAAUACUCAGACUAUGAUACAGGGCCGACUGAAAGCACAGGCAUGUGUGACAGAAGAUGGGUCAGGCAGUUUCGUGGGCAGUAUGCACCACCUCUAUUCUGGAUCAUUUUCAUCCUUGGUGCUGUGGGUAACCUGAUGGUGGUUUGGAUCUACACCACUGUGCGCAACCGUCUGAAAACAAUGACUGACGUGUAUCUGCUAAAUCUGGCUGUGGCUGAUCUCUUCUUCCUGAGCAUGUUGCCCUUCUGGGCUGUCGACGCCAUCAGGGGCUGGGACUUUGGUGUCGUUCUCUGCAAAAUGGUGUCUGCUGUCUACAAGAUCAACUUCUUCAGCAGCAUGUUCCUGCUCACCUGCAUUAGUGUGGACCGCUACAUUGCUAUUGUACAAGUCACCAAGGCCCAGAACCUGAAGAAAAAGAGACUCUUCUACAGCAAACUUGCCUGCCUGGGUGUCUGGGUUGUCUCCACUCUCCUGGCCCUCCCUGAGUUUAUCUUUGCUCAGGUGAAGCCAGACCUAAGGGGGCAGUCAUUCUGUACUCUGGUCUAUUGGCACAACAGAAACAACUGGACUAAAAUCCUGGUGCUGUCCCUGCAGAUCUGCCUGGGCUUCUGCCUUCCUCUACUAGUUAUGUUCCUUUGUUACUCGGUCAUCAUUCGCACACUUCUGCAGGCCAAGAGCUUUGAAAAGCACAAGGCCCUACGUGUCAUCUUUGUUGUGGUGUUUGUGUUUGUCUUCUCUCAGCUGCCGUACAAUAGUUUGCUGAUAGUGGAGGCCACACAGGCAGCUAAUACUACUAUCACAGACUGUGAAACAGUAAUUUGUUUUGAUGUAGCUGGAGAGGUAGCGAAGAGCCUUGCUUUUACGCAUGCCUGCCUGAACCCAUUCCUGUACGUCUUCAUUGGGGUUCGGUUCAGACAAGACCUCCUGAGGAUGGCAAAGAUGUGUGUUUGCGGUCUGGGCAAAGGAGGGUUGAGUAAAACACAUGCAGUUCCCAAACGUCCCUCUGUCAUGUCAGACACUGAUGUUACCCCUGCCCUUUCUGUAUAAAUGCACAUUUUUCUUAAGUCCUUAACUUGACACCGGAGCCUAGUUCUAACAUGAUCAAGUUUUUUUUAUUUUGUUACGCAUGCUUAAUUUACCAGCCGAGCAACAAUAAAAUGUUCAACUUUGAAAGGAAUAAAGUAUAUUGUGUGUAUAUUAUUUAUAUUCAUGUUCUGACAGUCACUAGCACGUUUUUUUUCUGGAGUCACUGCAUAAACUA